GUAAAUGAUCACGAUAAUAGAUGUUUUAUUUCAUAUUAUAUAUAGGGGAGCUAUACGAUAUAAUGACGGGCAUUCAUAUAGUUUUAUUCAAAGAAUUAUCUCGCUCUUACGAAAAUUAUGAUGGACUCAUCACCGAUGUUUCACAUGUUUAUUGUAACUUCAAUGGUUUUGACUGCAAUGGUCCUAACUACUAAUGGACAGAUAAACCGUUACAUAAAUCCUACGUGGCUGGAAAUGGAUGCUAACAGUGAAUAUUAUCCUGGUGGUGAAGUAAUAAGCCAAAUUCUUCAAGCUUACGGUUUAGGCGAUAAUUAUGGACCUUCACGACUUAGAUCUACCAUUCUUGAUCGGAAUGGUUACAGGAGAUCUUAUCCAAGAAACCGAAUCGUAAAUAAUUUGAACAAUGCAUAUGACUCAGAUCCUUUAUUAACUCAGGAAUACGUUGAUCGUAAUUAUGAUUAUGUUGACAACACAAUCAGGGGUUCUAAUUAUAGGUACAGGAGUAAUUUGAACGAUAUUCCUAGGAGAACAAGGAUUAAUAUGGUUUCAGCGCCGAGGACUACUUAUUAUCCAGCAGAUUACAUAGACCGAGAUUCUGUACAACCACUAUCUUACUCUAGGUCCAGAAUAGUAACCGGAGAUCCGGCCAUGUCCCAGGAAUUAGUAGUACGAGGUCGAGAAACAGCGAGACUUAUCCCAAGAUCUACUGUGGCAACCGAUACAAACGAAAAGCGCAAAGUAUAGAAAAUUUGUAUACGUAUAUUAUGAUUCCAGUGAUUUCCAGUAUAAUGUGUGGAUUGUAUAAAAUUGAAAUUAAAACCAACACGUGAUAUAAUAUUAAAAUUAAAAUACUUGUCCUAUAUAUAUAUAUAUAUUAUGUGUAUAA